UUUACCACCAAACGCACAGGUCGGGAUUAGGCGGAGUCCCGGCGGGGGAGGUGGAAGGGACCCCAGAAGUCAGGGGAGGCGGUGCGGGCGGGCCCGACAAACAGCCGUUCUGCGCCGCCCGAGGCUGCAGAGAGAGCGAGCGGAGCGUGGGGCGGAGAAAGCGGCGGCAGCAUCAGCAGCGGUUUCCGCGGCAGCAGCGGCGGCAGCAUCUGCAUCGCGGCCCCAGCAGCAGCGCCCCCCCCUCCCCUCAGUCCUCCCUCCGGGCCGAGCUGGAGCCCGCCCUGGAGCCCGAGCAGCCCGAACCCAGGCCCGUCCAUGCAGCCCUGGGGCGAGCGCGCGGCGGGCAGGACGCAGAGCCCCGAGCACAGCAGCCCGGGCCCCCCCCAGCCGGGGCCCGGCCCCAGCCCGGCUCCCCCCGAGGCGGUCCUCAGCACCGAUGCCGCGCCUCGUCCCCACGGUGAGGGGGCCGAGAGACCCCGGCCCCGGCCGGCCCGCGGCCCCGGGGGCGCCAUGGAGGGCGCCAUGCAGCUGCUGACCAGAGAGGGCCACAGCAUUGCCCACAACUCCAAGCGCCACUACCACGACGCCUUCGUGUGCAUGAGCCGCAUGCGGCAGCGGGGGCUGCUCUGCGACAUCGUCCUGCACGUGGGCACCAAGGAGAUCAAGGCCCACAAGGUGGUGCUGGCCUCCUGCAGCCCCUACUUCCACGCCAUGUUCACAAACGAGAUGAGCGAGAGCCGCCAGACACACGUCACGCUGCAUGACAUCGACCCCCAGGCUCUGGAGCAGCUGGUCCAGUUUGCGUACACGGCUGAGAUUGUUGUGGGGGAGGGCAACGUGCAGACGCUGCUCCCGGCCGCGAGCCUCCUGCAGCUGAACGGCGUGAGGGACGCCUGUUGCAAGUUCCUGCUGAGCCAACUCGACCCGUCCAACUGCCUGGGCAUCCGCGGCUUUGCCGACACCCACUCCUGCAGCGACCUCCUCAAGGCCGCGCACAAGUACGUGCUCCAGCACUUCGUGGAGGUGGCCCGGACCGAGGAGUUCAUGCUGCUCCCGCUGAAGCAGGUGCUGGACCUCAUCUCCAGCGACAGCCUCAAUGUGCCGUCGGAGGAGGACGUUUACCGGGCCGUGCUGAGCUGGGUGAAACACGACGUCGACGGGCGCAGGCAGCACGUGCCCCGGCUGAUGAAGUGCGUGCGGCUGCCGCUGCUGAGCCGGGACUUCCUGCUGGGCCACGUGGACGCCGAGGGCCUGGUCCGCCACCACCCGGACUGCAAGGACCUGCUCAUCGAGGCCCUCAAGUUCCACCUGCUGCCGGAGCAGCGCGGGGUCCUGGGCACCAGCCGCACUCGCCCACGGCGCUGCGAGGGCGCCGGCCCCGUGCUCUUCGCAGUGGGUGGCGGGAGCCUGUUCGCCAUCCACGGGGACUGCGAGGCGUACGACACCCGCACGGACCGAUGGCACAUGGUGGCUUCCAUGUCCACGCGGCGGGCUCGGGUGGGCGUGGCCGCCAUCGGGAACCGGCUGUACGCCGUCGGCGGCUACGAUGGGACGUCCGAUCUGGCCACCGUGGAGUCCUACGACCCCGUCACCAAUGUCUGGCAGCCCGAGGUCUCCAUGGGGACCCGGCGGAGCUGCCUGGGCGUGGCCGCUCUCCACGGGCUCCUGUAUGCUGCCGGCGGUUACGACGGGGCCUCCUGCCUCAACAGCGCCGAGCGGUACGACCCCUUGACGGGCACCUGGACGUCCAUAGCAGCCAUGAGCACGCGGAGGAGAUACGUCCGAGUGGCCACGCUCGAUGGGAACCUCUAUGCUGUGGGUGGUUACGACAGCUCCUCUCACCUGGCCACCGUGGAGAAAUACGAGCCCCAGGUGAACACGUGGACGCCGAUCGCCACCAUGCUGAGCAGACGCAGUUCCGCAGGGGUAGCGGUGUUGGAGGGUGCCCUCUACGUGGCGGGGGGCAAUGAUGGCACCAGCUGUCUCAACUCUGUGGAGAGAUACAGCCCCAAGGCCAACGCAUGGGAGAGCGUGGCGCCCAUGAACAUACGCAGGAGCACUCACGACCUCGUGGCCAUGGACGGAUGGCUGUACGCCGUCGGCGGCAACGACGGGAGCUCCAGCCUGAACUCCAUCGAAAAGUACAAUCCGCGCACCAACAAGUGGGUGGCCGCGUCCUGCAUGUUCACCCGCCGGAGCAGCGUGGGGGUGGCCGUGCUCGAGCUGCUGAACUUCCCACCGCCCUCCUCGCCUACGCUCUCGGUGUCUUCCACCAGCCUCUGACCCUCAGGGAGACCCGGAGCAGGCCCCAAGCCCUAGGCAGCCAGACUGUGACGGGGCCCUGGACUGGGGGCGUGGAGACCAGAGGAGACGGACGCCCCCAUCCCCGGGUGUGGAGGGCUGGGGCGGGGAUGGCUGCCCUCCCCACUGGGCCUCUUGCAGAUGCCUUAAUGCUCCCCCCAUCCCAGGAAGGGAGGAGGAGGGAGCGACUCCUGCCGUGGAGGUCUCUGAGCCACAGAGACUCGGGGGGCCCUGGCUCUCCCUCCUCCCCUCCCUGCUCCAAGGCCUGAGGCCCAGGGCCUCGGCCUCCCACCCAGCACACGGGCCCCAGGCCCCAGAGCCCUGUCUGCGUCCGCCUAUGUCUGUCUAUUUAUGUAUUUAUUAUUAUUUAUGAAACGUCCCACGGCCACCUCCCACCCCCUUUUAUAUCUCGCUCUCUCUGGGGCAUUUGUGACGGCCGAGUUUCCCUUGGGAAGCAAGCCCCGGGCCCAGGGUCCCCUCAAUGAUAUGGAGAACUAAGAACGAUGGAGUCCCUGCCCCAACAGCCACAGAGACGGAUGAAGGAGCCCCAGAACCCCACUGGGCAGACACCCCCGAGGAUCGAGAAUCUGUGGGGAGACGGCUGGGGACCCAGAACCCCACUGGGUCCGGGGGCUGAGAGGCUGUGGGGAGACGGCUGGGGGCCCCGGGAGGCCGGUCCUGGGAAGGGGCUACACAGGUGACCUCGGGACGAUUCAUUCCCCGUCUUCUGUGAGAAGUUGUCUGUUCCCUUGAAUUAUGCACUGAGCUGGACACACGCACACAGACCCCGUGCAUACACAGGCAUCCACACGUGGACAAGCCACCAACAUACAGCCUUCAUGCACAUCCACACACAGCAAUAUGAACCCAACUGACCAAUAAAAUUCUUGUACACAGCC